AGGAAAUUCCAGGACGCUCCAGGCUGAAGGGAAGAAGAUUCACCUGCUGACUGUUUGAGUGACACCACUUUACCAGGAAACAUGGCCUCAGCUGAAGGAGACAUGGCCUCAUCGAUGAUGGUAGUAGCAAGUCUGGGUCGACCUUUUACGUUGGGGAUGCUUUACGAUGCUCGGAAAGAUCAACUCCUCCCAGGUGUCACAUUGUGGGAUGAUAAAACUCUUAAAGAGAAGAUGAUUCAGGAUCCUCAGAAUAGCAGUCAGUUUCAAAUCGCUGCAUCUGAUUCCUUCAAAGAAAAGGCUAAUCUGCUGGAUGUUGAUGCCUCCCUGAAGGCCAGUUUCAUGUUUGGACUGAUUGAAGUUAGCGGAUCCGCAAAAUAUCUGAACGAUGCGAAGAAGUCCCACCGUCAGAGCCGAGUGACGUGUCAGUACAAAGCGACCACCGUCUUCAAACAGCUGACUGCUCUUGACUCCAAGAACAUCCAGCAGAUCGAUGAUUCUGUGAAGACGUUGGCCACUCACGUCGUCACUGGCAUCCUUUAUGGUGCAAACGCUUUCUUUGUGUUUGAUAGCUCGAAGUUAGACAGCAGCAAUGUUCAGAAGAUCGAGGGCAGCAUGCAGGCUGUGAUCAAUAAGAUCCCCUCAUUUAAUUUUGAGGGCAAAGUGAACAUGAAGCUGAGUGAGGAAGAAAGAGACAUGGCCAAUAAGUUUACCUGCAAAUUAUACGGAGACUUCAUUCUUGAAAGCAACCCUGCAAAUUUUGAAGAUGCAGUGAAGACCUUCAUUCAGCUGCCAAAGCUACUGGGAGACGACGGAGAAAACGGGGUUCCUCUGAAAGUCUGGAUGAUGCCGCUGAAGAACUUUGAUUCAAGUGCUGCAAAGGUCACCUCAACCUCACUGCCUGAGAUCAGUCCUGGACUUACAGUAAAAGCUCAAGAUCUUCUGGAAGAAUUUCAGGACCUGAAAAUGAGAUGCAACGAUUGUCAGGAAGAAAACAAUCAUUUCCCAGGGAUUCAUGACAGGCUGAUUGAUUUCCAAAAUCUGUGUGACAAGUACAUCGCUGGAGUCAAGGAGAAAAUGGCAAAGACUCUUCAGUCCCUCAAGGCAGGAGGCAAAGAUGCGACGGGUUUGGAUACUGCCUUUGAUGGUGAAGAAACAUCCCCAUUCAGUUUGGCGAAAUUAAAGAAAUGGUUGGAAAAUAAAGAGCGAGAAGUCAGCGUCAUCGCUUCCUGUGUGGAGAUGAUGGAGGGAGCAAAGAUCGUCAGGAAUCAGGCAGAGUUGGACAGAGAGCUUCUUGAUCCAAAAGUAGAAGAUGUUCUGUGCUUUGUCUUCACCUCUGUGGAAACUACUGACCCCUAUCUUCAGGAAAUGUGUGAUCGCCUGGAUCCGCUGCACUCAACUUCUGCCAAGGACGGAAGUUCAUGCACCAAGUAUUUCUUCUCAGCAGACGUGAUAAACAAAAUGAGAGAAAAAGCCAAAGAGUUCGGUGAACUUCACAGAGCCCUGAAGAACAACAGCAGAUACAGAUUCCUUAUAGCAGUUAUAUCAAAUGACAAAUAUGAAGGAGCAAGCAUCUACCACUACAGGAACAUCGUCCAACUCACUGAUGACUUCUCAAAGCCUGAUGUCACUGAUGUGGAAAACAUAACCAACAAAAGAGAUCUAAUGUGGUAUGCCACUGAUCUCACCCUGAAUCCAGACAAGGCACAUCCCAACAUCCUCCUGUCUGAAGGAGACAAGAAAGCGACACAAGGAGAAGAGCAGUCGUAUCCCAACCUCCCUCAGAGAUACGAUCAUUAUGUUCAGGUUCUGGGCAGACAGGAGCUGACUGGUCGUCAUUACUGGGAGGUGGAGUGGAGCGUUACUUAUGAGAAGAAUCUUUCUGUAGGUGUGACCUAUGCUGGAGCUCCAUGUAAAGGAGAGCUUGACAUGUGCCGUUCAGGGUUCAAUGACAUGUCCUGGUCUUUUGGCCAUGGGUUAAGAGAUGGCUUGUUUUACUAUGCUGAUCAUGGUGCAAAAUGUGUCUAUUAUGAUACUGAUCCCAAAACUAGCAUCAGCCAGCUGGGAGUGUACCUGGACUGGUCUGCAGGGACUCUGUCCUUCUACAAAGUAAUUGGUGACAAACUGAUUCACUUUUACACCCACAAGACCAAAUUCUCUGAGCCUCUUUAUCCAAUCCUUCAUUUGAAUGGUCACAAAACUUUCAUUCACCUCUCUCUGUAAACCUGGACCCACAACCCAGCCAGCAUUUAUAUGUGGGUCCCGCAUGAGCUGAAAAUAGAUCCCAGAGGGGUUUAGACAUGGGUUAAAUAAAUAGGAAAUCCUAUUUUUGUCAGAUGUAGAGAUAAAAAAAAAGAGAUUAAAAAAAAAGUGUGAUCAACAGUAAUCUUUUGUAAUCAAAUAUAUGAUCAAUAAAGCAUAAACAAGUAGCUGAUUUUCUGAAAGUUUGAGUCUGGCCUGCCAUACCUGUUCACUUCAACCCAAGGGCCUGCUGUCCCUCAGGUUGCUUCCGCUAGCCAAGACCACAACUAUUUGAGGUCUUUGUGUCUAAAAGGAAAUUAUUUAGGAUGGAUGUCCAGGCUCGGGGUUUAGUGGGGAAGGAUGUUAUGAUAAGUAUACAUGAAUUAUUGGUGAAAAGAUGUCAUGAAUAGAUGUGAGGAUGAUGUAAAAUUUAUUUUUUUCUGUUUAUUCUUGAGAAAAACCUCUCUGAGCCUCUUUAUCUAAUCCUUCAGUUGAAUGGUGACAAAACUUGAAUUCACCUCUCUCCGUAAACCUGGACCCACAACCCAGCCAGCAUUUAUACGUGGGUCCUGCAAUAGCUGAAAAUAGAUCCCAGAGGGGUUUAGACAUGGGUUUAAUUAAUAGGAAAUCAUAUUCUUUUCAGAUGUAGAGAUAAUAAAAAAGUGUGAUCAAGAGUAAUCUUUUGUAAUCAAAUGUAUAAUCAAGACAGCAUAAGCAAGUAGCGGAUUUUCUGAAAGUUUGAGUCUGGCCUGCCAUCACUUCAACCCAAGGGCCUGCUGUCCCUCAGGUUGCUUCCGCUGGCCAAGACCACAACUAUUUGAGGUCUUUGUGUCUAAAAGGAAAUGAUUUUGGUGAAAAGGUGCCAUGAAUAGAUGUGAGGAUGACAUAUGAUUUCUUUUUUUCAGUUUAUUCUUGAGAAAAAUUCUUGUCUUUUGUGUAAAUGAUUUUGAACAAUAAAAAUCGUAA